AAAAUUUGACUCUAAUGAUAGUGGUUCUAGCAGUUCCGGCAGCACUAAACUUGACCCUUUCAUAAUAGGCGGAGGCAGGGUAUUGGAAGGUGCGGGUACUUAUGUUGUUAUUAGUAUUGGG